AUGCAGAACUUAGAGUACAGACGAGGAACAAUCCAUUUUGCUGAGCUUGAAACAGGAGGAAAAAGAGUCGAAUGUCCAACAUGUCACGCUCCAUUCAAACCUCAUCUCGGGAAUUUGAUUGCGGCUAGGUUUCAAUGUGAAAGCUGCAAAUCUAACAUAACUUUUAGAAGCACAAAUGGAAGAACAGUGAUAUGUCCUUGUUGUCGUUUCUCGCGUCCUGCGCCAAUUCUUAACACUCUUGUCUGUGAUGGAUGUGCUGCGACAGUCAUAUAUCGAAAAGAUGAUCCAACUGUGAAAUGUUUUCAAUGCAAACACAUCACAAUUUCACCUGAAGCGAAUUAUCAAAUUUCUCAAGUGAACCCGGUUGUUCCUCCUCAAGUGAACCGGGUUGUUCCUCCUCAAGUGAACCGGGUUAUUCCUCCUCCUCAAGUGAACCGGAUUGUUCCUCCUCAAGUGAACCGGGUUGUUCCUCCUUCUCAAGUGAACCGGGUUAUUCCUCCUCCUCAAGUGAACCGAAUUGUUCCUCCUCAAGUUAACCGGAUGAAUCGUACAGCAACUGCAGAAACUGAAUCAACUGCGACUUCUUCUGCUCCAAAGCAUGAGAGCUUACACACCAAUCUUGAUGAAUACCCUGAUUCUGUUGCUCAACUUAUAAGGAAUGUUGCUCUUGGAAAUGGAACAAUCAAGAGAGAAGUAGAAGAAGACAAGACAGAAGCAAAAAGCAAGAAGAUUCGUCUCUGA